UUGUUUCGUUUUGAACUUGGGAGCUUGGCUUUCUCCGCCUUUAUUUCCAUUUCUCAUACCUUUUUGCCAUCACUGCAACCCCAAUAAUUUGCCAUUUCUUACUUUCUCAAUCAGCAUGUCACAAAAUUUGAUCGAUUUUCUCCGAAAAGUUAAAUUACCAGAUAUCUGUGUUUUUGCCUUAGUUACAUGACUCAAAUCCAGAAUCUCCAACUCUAAUACUAUGUUAAAUAAUAUAGAAUAAUUAUUAUUUUUUAAAAGCUUAAUCUAUCCCAGAACGGUGUUUCUAUAUUUUGUAUUCAGCAAUCUGACGGAACUAAUGUAAUUGGAUUUAAAAAUUUUGAAAAUUUUCACUGGUUUUAACGAAACAAUUUGAGUAUUGCAGGUGGUGCAGUUUCAGCCAGAGCAAAUAAUGCAGCGCGCUUACAGUGAAAGACAUUAAUAACAUUAUAGGAAGUACAUAUUGUUCUUGCUAUCACCUGAGGGCUUAUCUUGGACUCUUUAGAAGUAGAAAAGAUGACAUGAAACGAAUCAGAUGCCUUGUUUUGGAGAAAGCCGCCAGCAUGCGAACUGAAGGGUCGGGAAUUGAUAUCUUCGCCAACGGAUGGCGUGCACUCGACCAACUUAGGGUUGGUACGGAGCUGCGCACUAAGUCGAUUGCUGUCACUGAGAUACAUGAACAAUGGUUGGAAGAAAACAGGAUGCGAGUAUUUCCGUGCAGUAAUGUGGAGGUUCGCUGCGUGAGAAGGAAAGAUCUCAUUGAAAUCUUAGCUAAUAAUCUACCUGCAAACACUCUCCGUUUCAAUUGCCAAAUUACAGCUAUUUCAACAGAUCCUGCCACUUCCUUCCCUGUUCUUCAUACUAGCGACGGCAUGGUUAUCAAAGCCAAGUGGUUUUCUCUACUGCAGAUUGUCAUAGGCUGUGAUGGUUUGAAUUCCAUCGUAGCCAAAUCGCUCGGGCUUGUGAUGCCUAAGUCCUUUCCUACAUGGGUUUUGCGAGGAUUCACACCCUACCCAGAUGGCCAUAGUUUCGGCACCUUCUUUUACCGGAUCAGGAAUAAACAUCUGUUCUUAGGAAGAGUUCCAGUUGAUGACAGGCUUGUCCACUGGUUUAUAGCUCCGAUGAAUCCAUUCAAAGAUUUGAAUGAUCUGAAAGAUCCUAAGCUUAUCAGAGAUUUCGCGGUGGAGUUACUGCAAAAAUUCCCUUCUGAGGUAAUCGAAAUGGUGAAGGCGUCUGAUCUUUCCAGCAUAAGCUUACGAUACAUCUCGUACCGACCGCCAUGGCAACUGAUGCUCAACGAUCUAUGGAGAGGGACGAUGGUGCUCGCGGGGGACGCCAUGCAUGUGAUGGGCCCAUUCCUAGGCCAGGGAGGCUGUGCGAGCAUUGAGGACGGAGUCGUGCUCGCGAGAUGCAUUAGUCAGAAGCUGCCUGCGGAUUCGGAGUGCACGGUGAUCAGUGAUAAAGAGCUGCACGAGAGGAUCGAAGCGGCAUUAAGCGACUACGUGAAGGAGAGGAAGUUAAGGGUGAUCGGUUUGUCGACUAACUCGUAUCUCAUCGGUUCGAUCACGGGGACGUCGUCAUGGGUGAAGAAACUGCUGUGCAUAAUAAUCUUGGUUUUGUUCUUCAAGGACAGCCCUCUUUGCCACAGUGACUACGAUUGUGGCAAACUUUAGAUAAAUAGUCAAAGUUCAAAAACAGAGAAUAAGCCUUGAUCAUAUGAAAUGCCACUAUAAGGUGAAGCCAAUGGAAUAAAUGUAGUUCAUCUAUUUAUUGCAUCGUAUGAACAAAGGUGAAGUAAUUUUCAAGUCUUAGCAAAGCUGCAAUGAAUCGAAUUGAAAAUGUCUACUCAGGCAGUUUAGUA